AAGAGGAAUCUUGUCAAAAAUAAAAUUUGCGAAACAAAAACAAACGCCAUUACGACGGUCAAAGUUUUUCGCCGGAAAAGUGAUGUUUUCCGGCCGGUGGUAGUAGGAAAUGGCCUCGUUCGAUGGCCAAAGCGGUGAUUCAUGUGGGUGAAGUGUUUUCCGAGUGAAUAUCGCUGAUUUGGGUGAGAUUUUUCGGUGUUGAAAAUUCGGCAUCUUCCGAUGGGGGAGAAGUCUUCCCCUGGAUGAAAAAAAGUGUUCUGUCGUCUUGCGUUGAGUGGUGCUCUGCAAAAGGGCUUUGGAAAUAAAGGAUGGAAGCGGCAGUCAAGAGCCAGUGUUGAUUGUUGAAUGGCCAGUGUGUAAUCUCAUUCAAGAGUACGACUUCCUCUGGAAAAAAAAAAAAAUCGGAAUCUAGAUGUAGGUAACUUUGGAUGUGACAACCGGAAUUCGUGAUGUUAUGUGCUUGUUAUGGAUCCCUAUUGCCGAACCUGUGCCAAUUUGAUUCACUCUAGAGCAUAAACGCAAACCAUGUAAAAUAUUUAUUUCGAAUAAAGAAGCUGAGAGCACUUCAAGUUUUUGAGCCAAUAAAACCGUCAAAGUGCGGAAUUUACACUCCAUGCUAGAUCAGCAGCAGUCGUCCGCUCAGCCAUUAGAUCAAAUAGGCAACUAUGACAUCUACUCCCAGCUGCAGAUGGUAGCCAACAAUUACACCAACUUUACCCAACCAGUGCCAGCGAUUUCGUUGGAGGACACUCCCACUGUACUGGGGUUCACCUUCCCUUUGGCCACCGAGGACGAUAUCGAUCGGCUUGAAAUGGCCGUCCAACAGAGUAGCUUAAUUCGGGGACAAUACGUGCAAUUCCUCAACGUGGCGAAGCCCAUCCAGAUGACCAUCGUCCAAGCGUUCAACAAGUUCUUCUCCGACCACUCGAUGACCAACUUCAGCUACUACGGCGUGGAGCGAGCCGAGUAUCCCAAAACUCCCAAAAAGGCCAUGAAAAAGUACGAUGUCUUCACGGUGUGCAUGCUCGAAGCAUGGCAAUCGCACGGCAUCACCAGUAUUAGCUUAGUGGAACAGUUGAAGAAAGCAAUCUACCACAUUAGUCGAAGGCGAUACACGCGCAACCAGGUGCUCAAGAAGAAGAUGAGACUAAUGCAGAGGAUUUGAUCCAGUUUUAUUGCGAAAUUGUUCCGAUGUUUAAAACAAUAAAUCUAUAUUUUUAUAA